AUAAAUACAGUUGAAAAUCUAAUUCAACAUUUUCAACUCUAACAAACCAAGUAAAGUAACCAUCGAACCAACCCCUGUUCUCUCUUUCUGCACUUAAACGCUCAUUCGUUUCUCUGUUUUCCCGCUGCUUCGGUUUUUUCAAAGAAGAGAAAUGUCGGUGACUUCAAGCUCUAGAGGAAGACCAGGUACCAGAGAAACUAGCCCAGAGAGAACCAAAGUUUGGACUGAACCCAAACCCAAAACACCCAGAAAAGUCUCUGUAGUUUACUACCUCUCACGUAAUGGCCACCUUGAACACCCCCAUUUCAUGGAAGUCCCUCUCUCUUCACCCCAUGGUCUCUACCUCAAAGAUGUAAUCAUUCGUUUGAACCUUCUCCGUGGGAAAGGAAUGCCAACUAUGUACUCCUGGUCCUCUAAACGGAGUUACAAGAACGGUUUCGUUUGGCACGAUUUAACAGAGAGCGAUUUCAUCUACCCAACGCAAGGGCAUGACUACAUUCUCAAAGGAUCUGAGAUUCUCGAACAUGAAACCACCGCUCGACCACCGUUGGAGGAAGAAUCUGAUUCUCCGGUGGUGAUUACACGGCGGCGCAACCAGUCAUGGAGCUCCAUCGACUUAAAUGAGUAUCGAGUUUAUAAGUCCGAGCCGUUGGGUGAAAACAUCGCCGCCGACGCGUCGACGCAGACGGAGGAGAAACGGAGACGGAGAAGAGUUCUGAGGGAAGAAGAUGAAGAACAAGAAGAAGAAGAAAAAGAGAAGAAUGAUGAAAUUGAAAACGAAGGUGAAACAGAGAAUCAAAAUCAGAGUACGGAGCUAAGCAGGGAAGAGAUUUCACCUCCGCCGUCAGAUUCAAGUCCAGAAACACUGGGAACAUUAAUGAAAGUAGAUGGACGGCUGGGAUUACGAUCUGUUCCUAAAGAGAAUCCAACGGUUGAGAGUUGUCCAAGUGGAAGGAUGAGAGCUUCAUCGGUACUGUUGCAGUUGUUAUCGUGCGGUGCAGUGUCUUUCAAGGAAGGGAGUGGGGCCAGUUCUGGUAAAGAUCAACGGUUCUCGUUGGUUGGGCACUAUAAGUCUAGACUACCCCGGGGAGGAGGAAAUCAUGUGGGAAAAGAAGUGGGGACAUUGGUGGAAAUUCCGGAUUUGAAUAGGGUAAGAUUGGAAGAUAAAGAGUACUUCAGUGGGAGUUUGAUUGAAACCAAAAAAGUUGAAGCUCCUGCUUUCAAGAGGUCCUCUUCUUACAAUGCAGAUAGCAGUUCCCGGUUGCAGAUCAUGGAGCAUGAAGGAGAUAUGGUGCGAGCAAAGUGCAUACCAAGGAAAUCCAAGACACUGCUAACGAAGAAAGAAGAAGGUACUUCAAGUUCCAUGGAUAGUGUUAGCCGUAGCCAACAUGGAAGCAAAAGAUUUGAGGGACAACAAUAAGUUGAAUAAGAAACUAUGUCAAAUUAGCAAUGGAAGGUUGUUUUGUAGCUUACUGUCUAGAAGGGAUUAAAUGCUAAAAGAAGUGAAAUUAGUGUGAUGUAUAAUAUUGACAGAGAUAGGGUAAGUACUAAUUAAGUAGGGGUAGUAUUUCCACCUAGAGCUUUACAAUUUGCAAGUCACAGGCACAGAACUAUGGACAGAUACAUUAAGCAAGGAUUAUCAUGUGAUUAAAAUACUAGUUUGUAGAUCUUGUCCAUUUUGAUCUUUAGGUUUUGGCCAAAAGUCAGUGCCUGUAACGGUUGUUUUUUGUUUUCUUUCUUGGCUUUCUUGUGCCGGUGAUAAUUGCCUUUAGUGUAUUAUUUAUUAGUGUUCA